AUGACGGAGGUUCUCAUGGCGACUCCAAACAUCACGCACUUUCAGUAUAGCGGACUACCAUCGGGUACCGAAACAUCCAGGAAACCCCUCCUAGGACCGCAAAUGCUGUGCAAUCUCCUCAGGAACGAGUACGAUGCUGCAGCUAGCCAGCCCAGUGGCACAACCAAGCUGGACCUCCCGAACCUCCAUCGCCAGCUACGCACCCUGAAGAUGGAUUUCCACAGCACCCAGUAUCCCUUUGAAUGGGAAGACAGCGAAACAGUCAUGUCUCUGCAAGAGUUUGCCAAGCUCCGAGACCUGAGCAUCGAUACGCACAGCUUUACUUCUCGAACCGAUAACCAGAACCAUCUCAUGAUGAACAACAUCGGCAGCAUGAUUCCGCAAUGCCUUGAGACUUUGGAGAUUAGUCGCGUCGGCGAUUUCCUUCUCGAGGAACUUGUCCAGGUUGGUCUGAGAGAAAUUGCCGAUUCGGUUAGGCAGGGACAAACUCGACAGCUGAGACGGAUCAACCUUACAGAUUGCUUAGUUCAUGACCAUCGGCCGACACAACAGAACGCUCUUCACGACUUACGGGAGAUGUUCGACACUCCCGGCGCGCCUUCCGUAUAUCUCAACGACAAAGCCCUUUGA